GGGGUGGUGGCCGACGCUCUCAGUCGGAAGUCCAUGGGUAGUUUGGCUCAUUUGGGAGCAGAUCAGAGGCCUUUGGUUCGGGAGGUUUAUCAAUUGGCCAAUUUGGGGGUUCGUAUUUCGACCUCAGACGAGGGGAAGGUUAUGGUGCGUAAUGGAGCAGAAUCAUCACUGGUAGCAGAAGUCAAUGAAAAGCAGCUCGUUGAUCCAGCAUUAACACAUAUGAAGGAGGCACUUUUGAAUAACAAGACUUUGACAUUUUCACUCGGCGGUGAGGAUGGUGUAUUACAAUGUCAAGGUAGGCUAUGUGUUCCAGAUGUGGAUAAUCUUCGGGGGAGGGUAAUGGCGGAGGCUCAUAAUUCCAGAUAUUCUCAAGUAAAAGCUGAGCACCAGCGGCCCGGUAGGUUAACUCAGCUUAUGGAAAUACCAAUGUGGAAAUGGGAGAUGAUCAACAUGGAUUCCGUGGUAGGGUUACCUCGCACUCAGCAAAAGUUUGACUCAAUUUGGGUAAUAGUGGAUCGACUCACCAAAUCAGCUCACUUCUUGCCAGUCAAGUCCACGGAUACUGCGGAACAAUAUGCUCAAUUCUUUCAUAUUAGCAUUCAGAUGGGCCCAUUUGCGGCAUUGUACGGGAGGAGAUGUAGGUCUCCGAUUGGAUGGUUUGAAGUGGGUGAAGUAGAAUUGUUAGGGCCAGAUCUCGUGCACCAGGCUAUGGAAAAAGUUAAAAUCAUUCAGGAAAGGCUAAAAGCUGCUCAGAGUCACCAGAAAUCUUAUGCGGACAUUCGUCGAAGAAAAUUGGAAUUCCGAGUAGAUGAUUGGGUGUUAUUGAGGGUAUCUCCUAUGAAGGGAGUCAUGCGAUUUGGGAAGAAAGGGAAGUUGAGUCCUAGAUAUGUCGGGCCGUAUAGGGUCACUCAAAGGAUAGGACAGGUGUCCUAUAGACUGGAAUUGCCCCCUGAAAUGCAAGUCCGCAAAUUGAGAAACAAGGAAGUUGCUUCAGUUAAAGUGCUAUGGCAAAGUCAACAAGUCGAGGAAGCCACGUGGGAAGCGGAAAGUGAAAUGAAAGAAAAAUAUCCCCAUCUGUUUGAACAAGUCUAG